UGGCCCUGCCUCCCGGGCUACUGCUGCGCUGGGCGAGCGGAGAUGCCAGCGGCUGGAGUUCGCGCGAGCGGCCUUCAUGAAGCUAAGCCGCAGUGGCGGAUCUUUCGGCCUCUGACUUGCCCCCCUGAUUAAAAGGAUGAAACCAUGGGCCUUAACAUCUCCUGCCUGAAAGGCUUCAAAAUGUGCGUCAGCGGCGCUGGGGUCGGGAGCAGCGAGGUGGCGGUCAUGGCUGAGAAAAGGCUUAGGGUCCCAGAUAUUAUUAUCACUCCUCCGACCCCCACGGGGAAGGCGCUCUUGAGAGACCCCAGCCUGGAGAGCGACGAGAGCCAAGACGCCUGCUGAACCAGAAGGCAGAGAUGCAGCCUCCGGAGGGCCAAGGAGAAGACGCAGCCCAGGGCGUUGCUGGAGAACGUGGGACCCCAACCUCUUGCUGAGGAACUUGCCAGCCACUGAAUUUCGCUUGGCGGGCUGCUUAAAGAUGGGCCAACAUCUCACUCAACCCUUGAGGCCAUGGCCCUAUUUCUGACCUGGCACUGGCCAAGGGCCAUUCAAGGCAUACGCCAAACCGAUAUCUCCUUGGAAGAAGAUCUAUGGGGAUCGUAAGGAUUGUGGAACCAUGGAUGGGCAGGGAGAUACUUGGCAAGAAGACCUGGUGGAGGCUUCCAAGUUCUUGUUAGAGACGAUGCUGAACUUGGGCCCAAGCCGAGGUCAUUGUCCGAAGGGGAAGAACACUGGCUUGCAUGGAAGAUCCAGGUCCACUCUUGGUACCUAAGUGCAGAUUUAAGGGGAAAUGGGAUGAUUUCAAGAGCACAGACUGAGGUCGGAUGGCUUUCUUCUCCCCUGUUGCUGGAGGGACCAGUUUGGGUGGUCCCUUCUUCUGAGAAGCAUUUAAGUUCUUCUUGGCUUCCUCUGUUGUGUUCAAAGUGGACUUGGAGGGGGCAACCCUUCCAGCAGAAGACGUCCCGCUGCGAAAUGGGGGUGUAAGGCUACUUUAACAAAACAAUCUGAUUCUGCUUUGCUCCAAGAUCCGGAGUGGAUGGAGGUUGACCUUGGUUCUCUCCCCCUGGUCCUUCUCUUCGGAUAGAGGUGGUCUCUAGGUCUUCGAAGCAACCAAUGAAGAACCUGAGAAUGCGUUUUAGUAAGGCUUGACCCUAAGCAGGGAACUUUCUCCAAGAGUAAAGAAGGCAUAGACCUGAUAGGGAAUCAACAGACGUCUUGCAAUGUUGUUAACCCGUUUAGGAAUUGGGCAUUGGAAAGGAGGGUUAUGGAGGUUCUGUUUAGUUUGAGCUCUCCAAGAAUGGGUGCUGUACUUGCAAGCUACAUGGUGUGGAGAAGGAUAGGGUGUCAGGGUUUCAAAUAGCAUCCAAAAUUAAAUCAGAGUCCCAGGCAAAGGAUUCCUCAAAGUUCCAAUUUAUGAA